AUGAGAGAAUACCGGCAGAAUCUUGCGCUUCAAGUACAUCUCCAGAAGCUACGAGAAGAGAGUCCUCUCGCAUCAUAUCAGCCAUCCUCGCCCGAGACGACCCUGAUCUCCCGAUACGUUGGCGUGCUCGGACCAGAGCCCGCCGGUAGGCAGCCUUUUGAGGUCUUAGGGACCUGGAUACAGUCUAUUCCCUCGCGCAUCGGGUCGAACAAGAUGCUUGAUUUGGCCGUUCAGUUCUUCGUCGAUAGUCACGCUACGUAUCGAGAUGAUAUGCACUCGAAGCGCAAGGUCGCGAGAGCUUCAAAGGCUAAAGCGCUCAAGGAAUUGCAGCUCGCCGUGAUGAACACUGAUAACAAGGUCACGUACGACAUCCUGUUGGCUACGAAAUUACACUACGCUGCUGAGGCUCUUCUGGGGCUCGAUACUAUGUAUUACGCGAUUCAUGCGUUCGGAAUCGCCGAGCUGCUGAGGUCAGGUGCGGUGGCGGAAGUUGAUGACGAUCAUUUCUGGAAUUUGAUCGACAAUACCUAUGUCGACGAUAGAGCGUCGAUGGCCGUCAUGCACGUUUUCAUUCAGUGCCCUUACGCGGUAGCAUUGAUCCGAGAAGCCCUUUCGAACCCCGAGGACACGAUCGCGCUUGCAAUCGCCAUGUCAUAUUUGGAGGGUCUGAUGCAAAUCAACGUGUCGCAGCACGUAGCUGAGCUCAUUGAAACGACCGUGUCUGUGGUACCGAUUCCACCGUCACCGGACGUCGCCGACCUAAUGCCCGACACCCUCGAGUUCAAUUCGAUGGCUAUUGCCCCAUGGCACCGCAUGACGCGAGAUCUUACAUCCCAGCGCUCACCAUCUGCCUCGCCAGGCACCCCCUUGGACGUGGCUGCGGAGCUCACACGCGCCAAGCGCAUGCAAGCUUGGAUAGUCAACGAAACCAACAAGAUACACAAGAACUGGAACGUCGCCACCGUCGACGAAGAAAUCCUUAUAGAAGCUCUAGAAGCCCUAUCUGGAGAGAAGAUGCCAGAUUGGCUUCCAACACGCGUGCGCUUCGUCCCCGAAGAAGGCGAAAUGGCUCUACACAUGGAAUUCGAGAACAGAACAGGGACCUACUCCACUGGGCGAAUUGAUUGGAACUUCCACUUAGAGGAGGGCGGAAUGAAAGACCGGUAG